CUGGAAGCCCGGCGGGCCCUGAACGAAGCCGUGUGCGCGGAGCUGCGCUCCAGGAUCGCCGCCCUCUGGGAGAGGCUGCAGGUUCCCGAGGAGGAGAGAGAGUCCUCUGCAGUGCAUGUGCCUGGGUGCAGAGCCAAAACCAGGAAUGCUCUGCAGUUGGAAGUGGACCAUCUGGAGGAACUGAAGCUGCAGAACAUGAAAACUGUGAUUCAGGCCAUCCGGGCAGAGCUGGCUGGCUACUGGGAUAAAUGCUUCUACAGUCAGGAGCAGAGGGAGAACUUCAGCCCCUAUUAUGAUGAGGACUACACAGAGACCCUGCUCGAGCUCCAUGAUGCUGAGGUGGAGAGAGUGAAGAGCUACUAUGAAGCACACAAAGACCUGUUUGAGGCCGUGCAGAAGUGGGAGGAGAACUGGAAGCUGUUUCUGGAGCUGGAGAGGAAAGCGACCGACCCCAGCCGCUUCGCCAACCGCGGGGGCAACCUGCUGAGGGAGGAGAAGCAGCGGGGCAAGCUGAAGAAGGCACUUUCCAAGCUGCAGGAGGAGCUGGAGAGCAGGGUCCAGGCAUGGGAGCUGGAGCACGGCGGGGCUUUCCUGGUGAAGGGGCAGCAGUUCAUGGAGUAUGUGGCGGAGCAGUGGCAGCUGUACCGCCUGGAGAAGGAGAGGGAGAAGCAGGAGCGGCAACUGAAGAAGAGCCGCCAGAUGGAGACAGAGAUGAUGUACGGGAGCACCCCUCGGACACCCAUCAAGCGCCGGGUGCUCGGCCCCCACACGCCUGGCAAAGUAAGGAAGCUCAACGGCACCUCCAUCUCCAGCGCCACCCCCAACAGCACCAUCCGUUCAGCCUUUGGGGGAACCCUCUUCCACUCCCCCACGUCACGGCUGCCUCCUUCUGGAGGGAAG